CGAAACCCCGGAGCGAACAAGCUGCCGGGCCCUCCUCGCCUCCCGGACCCGGGCGCCCGCGCUCGGAUUGAAGCGGCGGCCGCCGCGGGAGCAUGAGGAAGAGGAUGCGGGGCGCCGCCGCCACCGCGGGGCUCUGGCUGCUGGCGCUGGGCUCGCUGCUGGCGCUGUGGGUCGGGUUCUUGCCGCCGCGGACUGAACCGCCAGCCUCCCGGCCACCACCAGAAGACCGACGACUGCCCUGGCGUCCGGUCAGGAGUGGCCGCCCCGCGCCUCGCUUGCCGCUGCCCCCGCCCCUGGCGGCGUGGGAUGCCCGCGGGGGCUCCCUGAAAACUUUUCGGGCGCUGCUCACCCUGGCGGCCGGCUCGGACGGCCCGCCCUGGCGGCCCCCGGCCGAACUCAGGCUGCACGUGCCACCCGAGCCAGCGGAGCGCGCGGCGGUGCGCGGGGGCGUUUUCUGGAGCCGCGGCCUGGAGGAGCAGGUGCCCCGGGGCUUCUCCGAGGCCCAGGCGGCGGCGUGGCUGGAGGCGGCGCGCGGCGCCCGGGUGGUGGCUUUGGAGCGCGGGGGCUGCGGGCGCAGCUCCAACCGGCUGGCCCGCUUCGCCGACGGCACCCGCGCCUGCGUGCGCUACGGCAUCAAUCCGGAGCAGAUACAGGGAGAGGCCCUGUCCUACUACCUGGCGCGCCUGCUGGGCCUCCAGCGCCACGUGCCGCCGCUCGCCCUAGCCCGGGUGGAGGCUCGGGGCGCGCAGUGGGCACAGGUGCAGGAGGAGCUGCGCGCCGCGCACUGGACCGAGGGCAGUGUGGUGAGUCUGACGCGCUGGCUGCCUAACCUCACCGACGUGGUGGUGCCCGCGCCCUGGCGCUCGGAGGACGGCCGCCUGCGACCCCUGCGCGACGCCGGUGGCGAGCUGGCCAACCUCAGCCAGGCUGAGCUGGUGGACAUGGUGCAAUGGACCGACCUGAUCCUCUUUGACUACCUGACAGCCAACUUCGACCGGCUCGUGAGCAACCUCUUCAGCCUACAGUGGGACCCGCGCGUUAUGCAGCGCGCCACUAGCAACCUGCACCGCGGUCCCGGCGGGGCGCUGGUCUUUCUGGACAAUGAGGCGGGCUUGGUGCAUGGCUACCGGGUGGCAGGCAUGUGGGACAAGUAUAACGAGCCGCUGCUGCAGUCGGUAUGCGUGUUCCGAGAGCGCACGGCAAGGCGCGUCCUGGAGAUGCACCGCGGCCAGGACGCGGCGGCCCGGCUGCUGCGCCUCUACCGGCGCCACGAACCUCGCUUCCCUGAGCUGGCCGCUCUCGCCGACCCUCACGCUCAGCUGCUGCAGCGCCGCCUCGACUUCCUCGCCAAGCACAUUUUGCACUGCAAGGCCAAAUACGGCCGCCGGCCGGGGUCCUAACAUCCUGGGAAGAGAGGGAGAUUUGGACUGGGGUAUGGAUGACGGGGAAGGGCUGUCGCCUGUGCCAGUGACUGGGACCAGCUGGCCAACACCCAGCCAGUGGCCUCGGGCGCGAAAGUGUCUAAAACUUCUGCUUCACCCACCUGCCCUUUUCUUUUAAUCCCACGCUGUUUCCUUUCAAAGUCUGGGAGGGCGAACUCACCGAGGCGAGAAGUGUUAACAUUCCCUCCACCCAGUUUAUAAAAGGAUUAUUUCCGGUGCGGGGCCAGGAGAUAGGAUCCGAAGAAACUGGCUGCAGGGCUCGGGCCCCAGCCGGGGUGGUCCCAGGGAGAUAUGCACUCCCUUCUUGGGACACCUCCUCCCAUUCCCAUUCCAAAAAAGGAGAACUUCCGUUUGAGCCAGUUGAGCUAAGGCUGCAAUUUACUAAGCAGCGCUGGUGGCCCCAGAGCAGGGGAAAGUCCCCCUGGUUGCCUGGUGGAGUCCCCUUCCUGUAUUCUCCCUUUGUUCCAUCUCCCGAUGAUGAGAUCAUUAUUCAGAGCUGGGGGACAGCCCCAGUAGUACGAAGAGAGCAAGACCUCCACUCUCCGGGAGCCCUACAGACCCUGAUGGUUUGUCUGACUCAUUCCUGCACCCUCCUCGUUUGGGCCUGAAGGCUAUGAAUUCAGGACUGUUUGUAGGCACUGAGUCAAAUAAUGAACUGCUUCUUCCCCGCUCCCAACUGACCAAAAUUUUGACAAUGAUAAUGUUCACUAGAAGGAAAAAAGAAAUCAGUUCUGUGCACUUUACUUUGUUUUUAUUUUAAUUUUUUAUUAAGAAAAACUUUUUAUUUGACAGAAUUUGCCUUCUAUGUAUAUAUGUGCAUAAAGUGUGGUGUAAAUAUACUAAACAAACUUAUAUUUCAAUAAAAGGGAGUUUAAAAUUUA